UGGACUAUUUCUUGAAUCCAGUAAAAAAAAAAAAGGAAGAAGAAGAAAUAGAUCUCGACGCUCCACAAAAAUUGAGCCCUUUCUGUGUUCCUUUCUACUCUCUGGCUCUCUUUCCUCUUUCAGCGAAGAGCUUAUAGUUCAUGCUUAAUUCAGAAGCUUUGAGGUUGAGGGAAGCAUAUAGAAUCUUGGGUCGUCUUCCUCUUCAAGUAUAGAUACAUAUACGAAUCGGUGGCUGCUAGAAAGUUGCAAACUUGGAAGGUUUUGAGAUGGAGGAAGAUUGCUGCGCCAGGCAACUAAUCUAUGGGGACGGAGAAUUCAACGCAGAUGGGCUCGAUAGGUUCGUGAAGGAAGUCAAGCUUGCUGAGUGUGGACUCUCUUAUGCGGUUGUUGCAAUCAUGGGUCCGCAGAGCAGCGGGAAAAGCACUUUGUUGAAUCAUCUGUUUCGGACUAAGUUCAGGGAGAUGGAUGCUUACAGUGGAAGGAGCCAAACAACAAAGGGUAUUUGGAUUGCCAAGUGUGUUGGCAUCGAGCCGUGCACGAUUGCCAUGGAUUUGGAGGGGACUGAUGGGAGGGAGAGAGGCGAGGAUGAUACUACAUUCGAGAAGCAAAGCGCCCUAUUUGCUUUGGCAGUUUCAGACAUUGUGCUGAUAAAUAUGUGGUGUCAUGAUAUUGGUCGGGAGCAAGCUGCUAAUAAACCUUUACUGAAAACAGUUUUUCAGGUCAUGAUGCGCCUAUUCAGCCCCCGUAAAACGAAGUUACUUUUUGUUAUACGUGAUAAAACAAAGACCCCUUUUGUAUCUGAACCUGUGCUAAGGGAAGAUAUACAGAAGAUAUGGGAUGGAGUACCGAAGCCCCAAGCCCAUAAAAGUACCCCCUUGAGUGAAUUUUUUACUGUAGAAGUAGUUGCUUUGUCCAGUUAUGAAGAGAAGGAGGAGAAGUUUAACGAGGAGGUUGCUCAACUGAGGCAGCUCUUUUUCCAUUCUAUUUCUCCAGGAGGGCUUGCUGGUGAUAGACGUGGUGUUGUCCCCGCGUCAGGAUUUUCCUUUAGUGCACAACAGAUUUGGAAAGUAAUCAAACAGAACAAGGACCUGGAUCUUCCCGCUCACAAGGUUAUGGUUGCUACGGUUCGGUGUGAAGAGAUAGCCAACCAGAAAUUCAAACAGUUGGUCCAUGAUGAGCGUUGGUUAGCACUGGAAGAAGCUGUAGAAACUGGUCCGGUACAAGGCUUUGGUAAAAGGCUCAGUUCCAUUCUAGCCACGUAUCUUUCUGAAUAUGACAUGGAGGCCAUCUACUUUGACGAAGGUGUAAGGAACUCAAAACGACAAUUUUUGGAGUCAAAAGUAUUGGAUUUUGUUUACCCUGCGUACUCGGCUAUGCUUGGACACCUACGUUCUAAAGUGCUUGAAGAUUUUCAAGUGAGGCUGGAGCAAUCGCUGAACAAAGGAGAAGGAUUUGCUUCAUCUGUUCGUACUUGUGCUCAGUCUUCUAUGCUUGAGUUUGAGAAAGGAUGUGCAGAUGCUGCCAUACAACAAGCUAAUUGGGAUGCUUCAAAAGUUCGGGAAAAGCUUCGACGUGAUAUAGAUGUACAUACAUCAUCAGUUCGUAGUGCAAAACUGGCAGAAUUGAAUUCCACCUAUGAGAAAAAACUUUCUUCGUCUUUAAGUGGUCCUGUAGAGGCUCUACUCGAAACUGGUGCAAAAGACACCUGGGCUUCGAUACGGAAACUUCUUAAUUGUGAGACCGAAGUUGCAGUAUCGGAGUUCUCAACUGCAGUUGCCAAUUUUGAGUUGGACAACGAAACGGUUGUCAAAAUGAAGCAACAUUUGAAGGAUUAUGCGAGAAAUGUGGUGGAGACAAGAGCAAGAGAAGAGGCUGGGAAAAUUAUGAUCCACAUGAAGGAUCGGUUUGGCACGGUCUUCAAUUAUGACAGUGAUUCAAUGCCAAGGGUUUGGACUGGGAAAGACGACAUUAGAAGUAUUACCAAGGAUGCACGAACUGCGUCUCUGAAGCUUUUAUCCACCAUGGCUGCUAUACGCUUGGAUGAGAAGCCAGAUAAUAUUGAAAAUGUUCUUGUUUCUUCUCUGGUGGACGGGACUGUUACUGUUUCAUCUUCACAAAAUAGGAAGCUAGGACCUUCUACCGAUCCUCUUGCCUCAAGCUCUUGGGAAGAGGUUUCUUCAAAGGAUACCUUAAUUACCCCAGUACAGUGCAAGUCAAUGUGGAGGCAGUUCAAGGCAGAGACUGAAUAUAGCGUCACUCAAGCUAUUUCGGCACAGGAGGCUCACAAGCGGAGUAACAACUGGUUACCUCCUCCAUGGGCUAUUAUGGCGAUGAUCGUUCUUGGUUUUAACGAAUUUAUGAUGCUUUUAAAGAACCCUCUCUACCUCUUGGUUCUAUUUAUUGUAUUUUUACUUUCAAAGGCCUUAUGGGUACAGAUGGACAUUUCGGGACAGUUCCAACAUGGCGCUCUGUCAGGGAUACUAUCUAUUUCAUCGAGGUUUCUUCCAACUAUCAUGAAUCUUCUAAGAAAACUUGCAGAAGAAGCUCAGGGGAAUCAAACGCCAGAAGCACAAGGGCCACCAGUUUCUCUUGCUUCUCAGAGUUAUAGAAAUGAAACACCUCAGCCAAAUCCAGUAACAAGCUCAUUCCCGGAGUCCUCAGUGUCAUCCAAUAUCUCGACAUCAGAUAGCGGCAUGGAAUACUCAAGCCCUCCUUUAAGACAAAGGCGAACGGCAAACGUUGAGGAAGUGGAAUCUUGAUGAUGUAUGAUCUCUGUUGUUUGUACCCCUUGCAUCAGAUUUAGAGUCGCUACUCUCUUGUGCGAUAGUUUUCUUUCUUUUCGAUUUUCUUUCUUGUUUGUAGUUGUUGAAAUAAAAUAAAAGGGGCUCGCUGCAUGCCCGGUUUUACAAAUUAUAGGGUAGUUAUGUUUCGAGGAAUUAGAUUGUAAAAUCUGCACACUACACAACAUUUCUAUAUAGAGUAUCGAGAUUUACAUUUUACA